AUGAUGUCAAGCAGCGUGAGCUGUUCUGCUGUCACUUCACAAAGACUUUCUCGUUCUGCUAUCCAAACUCCUACUCUAUGGCUAUAUCGUAGAGGAUAUGCUACCCCCGCAGGCGGUGGACCCGGUGGUUAUGUAGCUGCCAUCAAAGCUGCUCAGCUAGGAAUGAAAACUGCUUGUAUCGAAGGUCGUGGUGCUUUGGGAGGAACAUGUCUGAAUGUUGGGUGCAUACCUUCAAAAUCCCUGCUAAACAACUCGCACUUAUAUCAUGUCGCCACUCACGAAUUCGAAAAGAGAGGCAUCGAUGUCUCUGGAAUCAAGCUGAAUCUCGCACAGAUGCUCAAGCAGAAAGACAAAUCUGUCACAACUUUGACCAAGGGUAUAGAAUUACUCUUCAAGAAAAACAAGGCCGAGUAUAUCAAGGGAUGGGGUUCAUUGGUCAACCCUCAUGAAAUCUCUGUUACUGGUGCCGAUGGUUCCACUUCUGUUGUAAAGGCAAAGAAUAUCGUUAUCGCUACUGGAUCAGAGUCUUCGCCAUUCCCUGGUAUUGAGGUUGAUGAGAAAGCGGUUGUCACAUCGACAGGAGCUCUUACGCUGGAGAAAGUGCCGCAAAAGAUGAUUGUCAUUGGUGGUGGUGUUAUUGGUUUGGAGUUGGGUUCUGUUUGGUCUAGAUUAGGCUCUGAGGUCACUUGUGUUGAAUUCUUGGGGGCUAUUGGAGGAAUGGGAAUGGAUUCCGAUAUCUCUAAAGCAUUCCAAAAAUCAUUGACGAAACAAGGCAUGAAAUUCAAACUCAACACCAAAGUCAUCUCUGCCAAGAAGAAUGCUGCUGGAAAAGUAGAUGUUGUUGUUGAAGCAGCUGCUGGUGGUGCACAAGAAAAGAUGGAGGUUGACGUCGUGCUGGUCUCAAUUGGUCGAAAACCAUACACCAAGGGCUUGAACCUUGAAAAGGUUGGCGUAGCCAUGGAUCCCAAAGGUCGAGUCAUCACCUCUCACGACUUUUCAACAAACAUACCAUCCAUUCGAGCCAUUGGAGAUGUCAUUACUGGUCCAAUGUUGGCUCACAAGGCUGAAGAAGAGGGUAUAGCCGUCGUUGAAUUCAUGCAUAAUGGCGUCGGACAUGUCAACUAUGAUGCCAUUCCUUCCGUUGUGUACACAUGGCCUGAAGUUGCUUGGGUCGGAAAGACUGAAGAUGAACUGAAAAAGGCUGGAGUGCAGUAUCGUAUUGGGUCCUUCCCUUUUGCUGCCAAUUCAAGAGCCAAGACUGUUGAUGACGCCGAAGGUACCAUCAAGGUUAUCAGUGAUGCCAAGACUGAUAGAAUAUUAGGUGUCCAUAUGUUUGGAGCAAAUGCUGGUGAAUUGAUUGCUGAAGCAGUUUUAGCAGUCGAAUAUGGUGCUUCUUCUGAAGAUGUUGCAAGGACGGCACAUGCGCACCCUACGCUUGCUGAAGCUUUCAAGGAAGCUUGUAUGGCUGCUUAUGGUAAAGCCAUACAUUUCUAG